GCAAGCCGUAAUUCCUCAUGCAACCUCGCUACAGGACCGCAGGUUUCUUUCCAAAAUCUCGUACGUCUCGCGGCAUACGAGAUACUACUGUUCGCUAAGACACUCACGUACCCAAGAUGGCAACACGUAUUGUUACGAAUUCGAUGUAGAACAUGUAUUUACUACUGGCUCUUCUGUUCAUUAUAUUGAAAGUUGACGGCUGGCUGAUCUCGCAAGAUGAAAUAUUUCUGCGGUUAGUGCGAUAAUAGUGAUGGCGGACGAAGAGACGGAACAAGAAGUUAGACGUGCUCUCGAUGUUCUUCAGUCAAUGAUUGACAUUUCUGCCGAUCGUUUAGAAGGACUGCGGACACAAUGUGCUACUAGUGCUGAAUUAACACAACAAGAAAUUCGCACUCUAGAAGGAAAGCUGAUCAAAUUAUUUUCGAAACAGUUGGUGACAAAAGCUAAGUUAGAUGGAGAUGCACUAGCAUCAGAUUUUAAGCAUGUUCCUUCUUUGGAACAGUGGCUGCAAGUUGUCGGUUUGUGUCCCGAAUCUGUGAAGUGCAUUUGUCAGAAAGUGUCAACAAUUGAAGCGCUGCAAGAAAAAUCAGAGCAUGAAUUACGUGUUAUUUUGACGGAUCAUUAUUCAAGACAAGAAGAAGUUCGUCGAUUAAGCCGUGCCCUUCAUAAUUUGAAGAAAUAUACUGCCAGUGAAGCUUUAAGUGAUUAG